GUUUGAAUGAUCAUGAUCAACAAUUUUUAGUGAAAACAGAACAGUCUGUAGAUGAAAAAAUUGAGAGAGCCCUGCUGUGACAGCCGACUACGACAGUGGUGUCCUCGAGUGAGUUCGACAACUGGAAGCGGACGACGGAGGCAGAUGAAUACAGAAGAAAGCUCUCGCGGGGAUGGCCUUGUGGCACACAGUGUGCCAAUGAGGCCAAGGCCCUGACACAUAGGCCGCUAAGUGAAUAGGCUGGUAGCACACGAUUCCGCGCUGGUGCCGACCGUGGCGUUCUGCCGAACCAUUUUACGCGUAUGCCUGCCAACCGCUGGUUUCCGUUCCCAAAAACGGAGAUUUCCUUUUUGGGACGAAACGCAGUUCUCGCAUGUUGGUAGACGGUCGCUGAGCUCGGGCGUCGGCCAUGGAGAUAAGAGGCCAUACCCGGGUAUGGAGAUGGGACAGGACACUGGGAGAAUGUCGAUGGAUAGUAAGGGGCGUCUGAUAUGCGAAAGCAGAGGGUGUCAUGAUAGCCUAUACACCAUGGCAGUCCAAGGAACCGCUGACCGUACCAGGGUCAUACAGGGUGAAUGCUGGAUGCAUGGACAUCGGCUGGCGAGGGUGAUCGAUCAAUCGAGCCGGAGGGACACGAGACCUGCAGACUCGCCGUGUACGAUGGACGGCAUGAUCUCGACCCCUAGGAACGGUCACGAACAAAUAUCCUCCAUCCUACCUUGUCACAUGAGACCUCGAUAUCGAACCUUGCAUGAAGAGGCAGUCCGUAUGCUGUCCAUGUACAGAGUCCCUCGGUCCGGAAUGCGUAAAUUCGUGUGGGGUGAGCCAAAAGUGCAAGGCCUCUCUGCGAGGCUUUCCGCGAAAUUCUUCAGGUGAAACAUCGUAGCCGGACGUGUCCAUUCAUAGAGCAUGGUAUGAUCUCCACUUGUUUCUCGAGAGGGCGAAGCUAAGCAAUGACAGCAGAAAUCGAUGUGGCUGUGCAAUGAGGUCAUACUCACUGCUCUCUUCGGACCAGUUCGCAUACGAUAAACAACUGGCCGCAUAUAUCCUGUCAUCCGAAACCGCUGCAGCCGCUGGUAUACCGGUAGCUUUCACUUGAUUUCGCGGCGCACGGCGAUUCAAGGCUUCGGCCACCUUACCAAUGUGGCUCGGCCCCGGGCUGCGGGCUCGGUGUGGGAGACUCGUGACAAAGCUCGGGCGCUCGAGCGGAGGGUAUAACAGCUGGACACGCACCCGAAAGAUCUUAUCCACAUCGAUCAUCCUUCCCCAACGAACUCAUUACACCAUGCCCGAUAAACUGAUCUUCGUCACAGGCGCUUCGGGAUUCCUCGGCUCGCACGUUGUCCUGCAGCUUCUCGAGAAGGGGUACCGCGUCAGAGCUGCUGCUCGUGGUGUCAAGGUCGACUUACUGAGGGAGCGAUACGCCUCGCAUGCCAGUCAAUUCGAGGCAGUCGCCAUCCAAGAUCUCGUUCAUGACACGUUUCCCGCCGCGUUGGCUGGCGUUGACGCGCUUGUUCAUCUCGCCUCGCCUUUGGCAGGCCGGGAGGCGCCGGCUCAAAUUCUGCAGACGGCAGAAGAGGGCACAAUGAACGUGGUGCGCCAGGCUGAGAAGGCUGGCAUCAAGCGCAUCGUCGUCACAUGCUCGAUCGCUUCGGUCCUGAACCCGGAGAACAAACUCACCGACAAAGAUUGGAACCCGGUCACUCGGGAACUCGCCCUUGCAUCUGACGCCCCACCCCUCUUGACGUACUCGGCUUCGAAGAAAUUCGCGGAGCUGGCGCUUUGGGAUUGGGCGGAGAAGCACCCGGAAGUGGACGUCACCACUCUCAAUCCCACCUUCUUCUUUGGCCCAUUCACACCCGAAUUCCGCAUCCCCGAACCAGACACUGCGAUGCUCUCGACGAACGAUUACGUGUACCAGUUCAUCCAACCUCGAGGCCAGUUGAUGAGUCCCAUGUCUUACUUCGUCGACGUGCGCGAUGUCGCGAAAGCACACGUCCAGGCUCUGGUCUCUCCACCAAGCUCCGAGGUGGGGCGCAAGCGGAUCCUGUUGUCCUCCCCGCACGGCAAGACGUGGGCACAGAUCCUGGAAUAUAUCGCCGAAAAUCGGCCCGCGCUGAAAGAUCGUCUGAUGACUGUUCCGCCGACGCCUUCGACGAAAGGUGCCAUGCCCAUGGAUUGGGAGAGGGUGGAACAGGUGCUCGGCAUGAAGGUCGGUGACUUUCAUACCUUGGACGAGACUGUGCUUGGAGCGAUCGACGCGUUGUUGGAGUUGGAAGAUCGGUGGAGAGCCGCUGGUUACGAGUACUCGGCAUCGUCAGGAUGGGGACCUCGCGUGUGAGCUAGGAAAGAGGUAUCCGUUCGAGGCACGCCUAGGCAUAUAGGACAGUGUUCGAAAGGGAAGUUAGAAAUACGUCGUGGGAUUGUGUCCUGUGAUUGAAGAAUUAGAAAGUGAUUGCCAAGAGUAGAAAGAAUCCCUGCAGCCAGCGUGCAGCCAGCCCCAGUUUUGCUGCCAAAUGAAAUGUCAG